AUGUGUUUUAUUAUUACAAAAAUGGACCUGAGUGACUGCCUCCAAGUACAUGACUGCUGCGGGCGAGCUUGACAGAAAUGCGAUGGUGCUGCGGACGAGGUUGUCCAAAUGCAGUGGCUUUUGAUUUGUGGGAGCCUAGUGAGGAUAUUGCACCUCCAGCCACAUCUAUCCAGACUCAGAACAAUGGUGUCAGCUUGCCUCCAUCCCAUCGACAGCCACAUCAUACCGCUAACAGGUAUCCAUCAAUCAAUCCGUUGUGUCGGUCUCGCCCAUGCUGACCUGGUCCCGAUGCCAUCUCUCCCGCCCCGAAACCGCCACGUCCGGGGGGGGGGAGCCCCAAUUCCAGAUUGCCAAUGACACAGACACCGAAAUUCGCUCCUCCAAACAGCCAAGUCCACCUAACCUUUUUCCCCCUUUCUUCGCGGCCAGGGCGUUCCCCCCAACCCCCCGAAACAGCCCCGGAGC